UGCAAAGAUAAUGAAUUGGAUGGGGGGUGCUCGUAGUCGUAUAAAGCAUAGUGGAGACAAGAAAAUAAAAAAGCAAUUUUUUGAAAGAAAAAGAUUAAUUAGAAGAGAUGGACAUUUAAAACCUAGCCUACAAACACCGAUGGAAGGAAAGGCAGUCUUUAGUCAAGAUAUGAAGGCUUUCUGUCUACUAGAAAAUAUGCAUGCUAAAGAAAUGAACUUGCCAAACGAAAACUUGCGUUCCGUGAGAAAAAUGGAGUUGGACACGAAGAAAAAUCCUAUCCUACUCCAUCACUCAAGCUUGGGACCCUCGCCCUCAUUCGACACACAAUCACGACUCAUGUUUAUGGAACCAAAGCAUCAAAGAGAUACCGGCUGGAAAUGUGUAUUACCGGACAGAAAACGAACGGAAUCAAUGGAAACCAAAGUUAAAGCUGAAGGAAUUGGAAGCAAUUUCCAGUUCGAAAUCGGUUCCUCCAAAAGGUUCAAUGACUCGUUGAAGUGCCAAGAAAAUCCGUUUAUAUCUGAAGAUUUUCAACCAACACCAGUCGUAAAGUAUUUAAAGGAUGGCAAUGCUGAUAGUAGGGGGAGGUGGAAGAGAGAAGAAAAGUCAUCAGAUUUGUUUCCAUUACCCCAAACUCCAGCAUUAGUGAGACAGAAAACAUUUACAUCGGAAGGACAACAUGUUGCACAUACGAACACAGACUUUUACCAGAAUUUCAACCAAAACCUGUUCUUUGAAACUCCGACUAAACAUAAUGAACCAAAACGGAGAAAACUUAGAAUCGAAGAAAGGUGUGGUCCACGUCAGUCACGUAUCCCAAAUCGGGCAUUAUUUGGUGACUCCAGUAUCUCAGACCAGGGUUUCGUAGAAGGAGAAAUGAAGCAAAUUGAAUAUGGGGGCUCGUUGAGAAAUGUUAAAGGAAAUAGUCUUUAUGUAAAAAAUUCUAUUUUCUCUAAUACAGCAUCUCACAGCAGAACAAAUGAUGUGCACAUUUCAAUUCCGAAAGCAUUACCAGAUGGAAGUGGAAUAAAAAAUCAGGAUAAUCUUAAAUCCUGCAGAAAUUUUUCACUAGACAGACUUCUCGAUAAGAAAAUGAAACCUUGUUCAUCAUUUGAUGAUAUCCAAAGAGAUUUUUAUAUACAUGUAUCUGGAGGUAGCACAUCAGACAAAACAAAGCAAGAUCAGUUCCGUAGCGGUUUAUGUACACCAAGAAAUCCCAUUAUAACUUCCAAUGAGAGAAACGCGAAUGAUAGAGAGAGUUAUAUAUGCAAUAUCAAAAAACAUAGUAUUCUUUCAAGGAAUAUAGAUUUUUGUGAAUUUUUGGACAACAGUUUUGAGGUGAGCAAACAAAAUCACGUAAUGGAUGAAAUGAACUCUCUGAUCACUAGUACUCCCAUGGAAAGAUCAAGAAAACAUACGAAAUUAGCGAUUUCUCCAAUUCCGCCAAUAUCAGAGAAAUCACCCUGUGGUAACUUGAAUGAAUUUCAUAUCAAUCAUUCCGUAACAGAAGAGGCCUUUUCAAAUGCCGACAGUCGAAUUCCAGAUGAUACCAUGUCAAUGAACAAAACAGUGGACAGUGAUACGUAUUGUAUGGAUAUUAGUGUUGCAAAAGUGCCAGUCCAUCCAUCAGAUACAGACAUUGCAGAAAUUUUGGCUGAGAUUAAUCAGUUAGAAGAAGAUCAAGCAAAGCAGGGGGAACUUAGUGGUUAUGACAAUCAGACAGAAACUAAGAGGGAUCUCGAGGCCAUCAGACUAGACGACUUCACCAAGAACAAAUAUGACGCAUUACUAGUGCUACAAACAGCAGAAGCAAAGCUAGAAGAAUAUGCUGAACGAUACAAAGUAAUAGAUCAAGGAACAAUUCAUUCAAAUGUUAAUUUAUCUAUAGAGUCAUGUGAUAGACUAGACAACAUAGAUGAAAAGCAAAAUCCUACCCAACAAACAGAGGAAUCACCAACUACAUCCGAAUUGCAACCAAAUGCUUAUAAACAAAAUUACGCAACAAAAAAAUCAGCGUCGGAAAACUGUGCUCUACAAAAUCAAGCAAUACUAGACAACGAAAGAAGUAAUGCUAACGUUUGUUGUACUACCGUUGAUACACAGAAAAAUGCAGAUAUCUCAUUCUCAGGGGAGUUGGAAAUAACCUUAAAAGCAGAUCCUCAAAUCACAGCCAUUAGAGAAUCUGCUCAUCAAAUGUCAACCUCUUAUACAAAGGACAAAAUAUGCAAAUGUCGCGAUUCAUUUGUAUUACAGUCUUCCCGAGAAUCUCAGACGGAAAUAGUCGUAGAAAGCUCAGGAGUUCAGACUGAGCGGAUUAGUUCCGUGUGUGUGGGUAUUCAGUGUGACCUGUUUCUUGACGGCUGUGAAGGUGAAUUAGAAGCUCCAGAGAGUCAAGAAAGCUUUCAUAGCGUUGUAUCUGAACUCAAUACCGAAAUCACCUAUCCAAAUGAAGGGAAACCCAGUGACCAACUUCCAUCAAGGAAAAAGAUAUAAAAUUUUGAUUUACUCUUUCCUGCUGUACAGCUGAGCUUGUGAAUAGCGUGGCUUCCGCAGUCUAAAAUCGACCAACGAUUUCUUGUUUCAUUGCUGAUUGUUGAUGCCUUGGAACUUCCCAUUCAUACCAAUGGUAUCGUAGUUUUGAUAUUGGUUAAUGCUUGUAAGUAUUCAUUAUUAUCAGUCUGGUGAAUCAAUUUCGGAUUCCCUUCCAUCUCUAUUUAGUCCACGUAUAUGAACAUAUUGAAUAUUUUCAAUGUUGUAGUCUAUCUUGGGGCCUGUGCAACACCAUGGCCUUGCAAACAACCCUUCCACUUCUUCAAGAGUUUUUCCUUUGGUUUCCGGCAAGUAUAACGCCAAUACAAUAAGACCGACCAAAGCCAGUCCACUGUACAGCCAAAAUGUACCUUGAGAGAAAAAUGAUCUUGUUAUCAAGUAGAAUCAAAUAAAAUUUAAUGACAUCAA